GAAGAAGAAGAGCAGGAUGGACGUUGGUGUAAAUCCAUUUCCAAUAACUUUUGCAGUUCACUUUCUGGGUAUUACUGCCAUUGCUAUGGUCUUGGUUUGGACCAUUCACUAUCUUGGUGGCUUAGCUUGGAACUCUCCGGACAAGAGCCUCCUCUUCAACGUCCAUCCUGUUCUUAUGCUAAUUGGCUUAGUUGUUAUUGGAGGCGAAGCUAUCAUAAGUUACAAAUCAUUUCCACUGGAGAAAGAAGUGAAGAAAGUGAUACACCUUGUUCUUCAUGCCAUUGCAUUGGUACUUGGAAUAGUGGGAAUUUAUGCUGUGUUCUUGUUUCAUAAUGAGAAACACAUUGCUAAUCUCUACAGCUUCCAUUCCUGGAUCGGAAUUGCUGCUAUUGUUCUUUAUGGCGUUCAGUGGAUAUAUGGGUUUGUGAUGUUUAUGUACCCCGGAGGGGACCCAGCUCUGAGGAGAGUGUCACUUCCGUGGCACAUUUUGUUUGGGCUGCUGGUGUACAUGAUGGUUGUUGCAGCUGCGAUUCUGGGGUUUCUGGAGAAGAUGACAUUCCUUGAGGAGAGUGGAUUGGCCAAAUUUGGAUCAGAGGCUUACCUCGUAAACUUCACUUCGGUUGUUACUGUCUUGUUUGCUGCUUUGGUUGUCUUCUGUGCUAUCACUAAGCCUCCCGCUCCUGCAUUUGACGACUAUGCUCCUAUUUAGCAUUGUUUCACCUAAUGGUCUCUGUUUAAGUAAAAUUCUUGUUUUAAGUAGGUAGUGCUUAUUUCUAAUCUGGGACAUGGAAACUAUUUUAUGAGAGAAAUAGGAAUUGAAUGAGCAAAGAUUAGAGGAGACUGUAGUUUUUUUUUU